CAAAAUGAAAAUUUAUCGUAAUUAGAGUAGAACCAUUUAUAUGCGUAUUAUUGGAAUCUAUAUUCCAUACAUCGCACAUAAAAAUAUUUAAAGGGUAAUGAGAAUGUGUGUGUGUGUGUGACGUAUCAAGAAAUCUAGGUGAAAUUGACAUCAUCAUCAUUUCACAUCGAAUAUAAUGAUUAUUUUAUUUUAUUAUAAACACUCACAACAUAUAUUUAAUGAGCGCAAGCGUGAACGCCUCUUUUUUCAAUUCAAUUAAUGUUUUUAUCAUUUCAUCAUCGACAAAAUUUCCAGAAGUUAUAGCCCAUCUAUAGAACGUUUUGUUCACACAUACACACACAUGCAUGCAUGCAAUUCAUCUGGGUUUAUUUCAACAUACUAAUUUUCUGUCCGUGUAUGAUAUCGGAUAUAAAAUAAAAUUAAAUUUUAUUGUUAUAACAACAAACAAAAUUUCUAAAAUUAUUAUAGAGAAAGUAUAAAAGUAAAUCAUUUUUGGAAACGAGAUGAUGUCCGAUAUUGAGUUGAAAAAUAUUGAAUCAACUGAUCCACUUGUAAUGCAUCAUCAUUCAUCAUCAUCAUCAUCACUAUCGACAAUGACGAUAAAUAAUUUUAAUAAUAAUCAUGAAGCCCUAUAUGUGGAUACAGAUUAUGGUCCAAUAUAUGUUGUACGAAUUGGUGCUCGUAAUCAUUCUGGAAAGCCUUAUAUAAUUACCUAUCAUGAUAUUGGAUUAAAUUUUAGCUCAAAUUUCCAGGCAUUUUUUAAUUAUUCGGAUAUGAAAUUAUUAUGUGAAUCAUUCUGUGUCAUUAAUGUUCAUGCACCGGGUCAGGAAGAGAAUGCCACUAUUUUACCAUCGGAUUAUAUAUUUCCAACAAUGGAUCAGUUAGCCGAACAAGUUGAUUCGGUUUGUAAAUAUUUUGGCAUCACAAAUUUCAUUGGUUUAGGCGUUGGCGCUGGCGCUAAUGUUCUUUCACGUUAUGCAUUGCAAUAUCCUGAAUUGGUUGAUGGAUUAUUCCUGAUACAUCCGACAUCAACACAAGCAUCAUGGACUGAAUGGUUAUAUCAGAAGAUUAAUAUCUAUUAUCUUAGUUCAACGAUUCAAAGUUUUUCGCAAUCUAUGCAAGAUUAUCUACUUUGGCAUCAUUUUGGCGUGACCAAUGAAGAUCAUAAUCGUGAUCUAAUUCAAGUUUAUAAAACUUAUUUUAGUGGCAACAAUCAUGUUCCACGGAAUUUGGCAUUGUUUUUAGAUGCCUAUAUUCGUCGUACCGAUCUAAAUAUUGAACGUGGUAAUCGUGAACGAAAUUUUAAAUGUAGCGUACUCGUAUUAUGUGGUUCACAUUCACCACAUGUUGAUGAUACUGUCAAUAUGAAUGGCCGUCUAAAUCCGGAAAAUUCAACAUGGAUGAAAUUAUCCGGCUGUGGUAUGGUACUUGAAGAACAACCACAUAAAGUUUCUGAAGCAUUCCGGCUAUUCAUACAAGGUAUUGGCUAUGCAUUAACAUCAUUCGAACGACGACGAUCAUUACGGCCACAAAGUGAUGAUGAAUAUGAUACAUCAAUACGUAUGCAUAUUGUGGAAAAUCCAAUUCAAAAUUAAUGAUUCAAAAUUUUUGAAAUGAAAUUGUUUCGCUAGUCGCUUAAAUGAAUGGUUUUGUCUGAAAAUCUAAA